UGGGGUGGGGGUGAUGGGCAGUGGUUUCUUCCUUUAGCUUUAAGUUAAGCCUUAAAGGGGAUCGGCCAUUUAACCCUUUGUUUCCUACAGCUUCUCCCAGUCUUUCACCCUGAAGGGCUCGGCCAGCCAGGACGACUUCAAGUUCAAGGGGGAACCCAAGCUGUCAGGCCAGAUGAAGGCUGUGUCGGCCGAGUGCCUGGGACCCACGUUGGACAUCUCCACCAAAAACAUCACCAAUUCCUUGGUGUCCCUCAUGGAGAUCAAGGAAGACGGGAUCGGCUUUUCCAUCCGGGAUUCCUACUACAAGGAUAAGGUCUCCCGCACCAUCAGCCUGCCCACCCGUGGCAGCACCUUCCCUAGGCAGUCCCGUGGCUCGGACACCUCGCCUCUGACCCGGAGGAAAUCCUAUGACCAGGGGCAGCCUGCCAGGACUUCGGACGUUGGCUUCACGCCUCCCUCGUCCCCUCCCACCAGGCCGCGCAAUGACCGCAACGUCUUCUCCCGCCUCACCAGCAACCAGAGCCAGGGCUCCGCGCUGGACAAGUCUGACGACAGCGAUUCCUCUGUCUCGGAGGUGCUGAGGGCCUCAUUAACCCCGUGGGCGGUGCCAGGAGCGCCCGGACAGCCCCGCUGCAGUGCAUCUCCGUGGCGGAAGGACACUCCAAGCCCGUUCUCCGCGUGGACGCCACCAACGAGCUGCUCUUCUCCGGAUCCAAAGACCGGAGCUGCAAAAUGUGGAACCUGGUGACGGGCCAGGAUAUCGCCUCGCUAAAGGUCCACCCCAAUAAUGUGGUGUCCAUCAAGUACUGCAGCCACUCAGGGUUGGUCUUCACUG